AGUUAUGGACAUUACCCCACAACAACCACACCGGAUGCAUACUCCUGACGCAGCAGUUCAUCGACCAACCAGUAAAGCCGAUCGGUAUGUGACCCAGCAACAGCCGGUAUCAAAACAUCAUCGACGGACUCUUGCAACCCAGCAGAUUCAUACACAAACGACGACGACGACAACAUCAGCAGCAGAACCAGGCCGAUACUUCUGACUCAGCAGUUAGCCAAUCGCCAGCUAGGGACCCAUAGUCAAUAUGCAGGGACUUCAUUUUUAAUAUAAUUCUUACCUCUAACUAGUGCGGUCGUGCGUGCGAUACUCGGGUUUUCGUUGUAGCGAUCAGUGAUUGUGAUUAAGUGACUUAUGUGAAAAGUAAUUAACAUAAAUAAAGAUUAAAGUAUUUCUAAUAUGCUUUUUUAAAAACUCUUCAAGAAAAGAAAGCAUAUAAGUGGCUAUCAAUGAGUAUAUAAUGGAGGUGGCUGCGCAACAGCUUCACUCCAACAUUAAUUUUGGGUUCUUGAACUCGAACAUCAGUAAGGACCUCAAAUAGGCCGAGCAAGACCAUGAUAAACUACUGCGGCAACUUCGUAUUCGCGGGUAGCUCAAAGAGUACGCCGAAAAGCGCCGUAAAGCCAGGAGGUUGGUAGUCCCCAGCUUAGCGUCCCGGAUAGCUGGGAAGGGUGGGCCUGAAAAGAUCGACCCAUCCCGGAUCGAAAGGAACAAGAGGUUGCGUCCGUUUAAAGGUCCUCAGCCACCAAAGGUUAGAGCGGAUCAGAGGGAGGACGCCUCCUUAGCCCUGAAGGAUGCUGUAGCUAAAGACCGCCCAGAAAGUAUGGACGCAGUUAGAAAACACUGGCUUUUUAAAAUUAUUGAUUAAUAGUUCUAUUUGUAAGCUACAUCCUGUUGGUAAACCUAUUUUCUCAGCAUAUGUAUAGCGGUUUAUGCGAUUCCUCCAACAGUUUGUUUCAAAAUAUUUGAACUUUUAGGGGAACAUCAUCGAAAAAAUGUGCACAAAUGAUGUACAGAGCUUAAAAGGACACUUAGGAAAUGAGCAAAAUGUGGAGGGAGUAGGUGAGAAAACCGUGUAAAUAGCGAACAUGGUGGGGAUAACACGUUUGAGCAUAUACAUAAGAGUGGGUCCAAAAAAAGAUCAGUUCUGGAGCUCGAUUUGAUUUGGUCGUAAGUAACAAAAGUACACUAAUCGAGUUUUUUUCUUCAAUGGGUCCAUUAUACUUAGUUACAUGUAUGGUAUUAAUAUCAUCUCGAUACCAUAUUCCCUUAAAUUUAGAAAAUGUUGAAACAUUAUGCCGUAACUAACAAAAAUAUGAAAAAAUAAAAAAUCGUACAUUCGACCUAAUUCCGCAAAAGGUCUUUAGUACCAAAAAUGACUAAAACCAAAAAUUCGUGUAUUCGACCUUAUGUCAUUCGAAGGUCGAAUGAACGACAUCUGUCAAAACAAAAAAACAGCGUAGUUACGACGCUACUAGCGCAUUAUAGUUAAAUAGUUUUUAGAAUUAAAUUGUAAAAUGAUCGGAAUAAACUGUUUAUUGGGUGAGUUUUGAAAACUAUCAGCAUUGUUUUAUAAUAUUCUAAUAUUGUUUUCUACAGAUGCAGCUCUUAAAUUGGCCGAAAGCGACGAGGAUGCGGUACCGAUGAUACCGCAUACGUGUGGUGGCAUUCCGUCGCCAUCGUCAAACAUCAAAGAAGAGCAUGCAUACGCAAGGCGAGACGCAAGGAUUUGCUACACAGCAAAGGAAUCACCGAAUCCAGUCACUUCACACGAAGAACCGAGCGAAGAACCCAUGUGUUCACAUCCGCCGAUGGAACAGUCACUCGACCUUCGACAGACAGUGCCGGGGUUAGCAAGUCCAUGGAUGAAUAGGUCUGCACCGUCUACCCAAUCCGGGACAACGGAGUAUCAUUCCAAUGCUUGGUUAAACCGGUCAACUCCAACUCCAUCCCUCGAUCUUCCGGUAAUUUUUGGACAGAAGAUGACCUCUUCGGAUGAUAUUGCAGCUCGUAAACCACAGGAUUCAACAAGAAAGCAGAACUUAUCUUGCGGAUAUUUUGACGGUAAUUGCAUUGUGUUUUUGAUUGAAAUACGGCGGUUCCAAAAUUGAUUUAUUCAGAAAUGUUGCUCUCAAUUAGCUUAAUGAUGUGCAAUAGGGCGAAUUAGUGUAUUGUCGGCAGAUUUGUUCUCUUCGUCAUGGGUGAUUUUUGUCGGCCAAAUUUCCUAAAACUUGGCCAUACAAUUCAGCUUGAUUGGGAAGGAUUUUAGGUUUCAAAAAUCGCACCAUGACGAAAAGAACAGAACUGCCGAAAAUGCGUAAAUUUCCAUUCUUACUUCAAUUGAUUCAAAAUAUACUUCGCAUCUGCAACUUAGCAUGUGCUAUACCGCCUAUCAUCGCAUAUCAGUCCCAUAUUUGCUGGGUUUCCUAUUCAUAUGGGACGGUUAUGCAAUCAUUGUCAGUCAGUAUAAGCGAUGACUUCAAUUUGUUGCCGCGACGAUAACAAUUUCAUAUUAUUUGUAAAAGCAAUUUCAACGCUUUGUUUUUUUACUGCAGGACCGCCUCGUAAGGUAAAACCUGGUGCGCAUGACAUUUGCCAUAGCAUGACGCCUAAUAUCAAAAGCAAAUCACGCAGCUCGCAAUCCUUACCGCAAACCGUCCCAAAUAACAACCGGAACCCGCGGUUGAAUUGUUCUUCGCCGUUGGAACGAUUUAUCACAAAACUACAAGAUCACAAUGCUUCUACGAUGAGCCAAUCGUCGCAUGCAGGAUGGAGGACGAGUUCAAGACGAUUAAAUCCAUGGCGAAAUCGGUCUGUCCCACUUAGUAUGCAUGAUGAUCAACUCUCAUGUGUGGACGAUCGACUCUCAUCGUGUUCCUUUGAGUACUCGCAGUAUGGUAAUCGUAUUUUGGGUGAAAUUACAAACAAGCCACCACCAUUGUCACAAUCUGCUCUGAACUGCAAACAGCCACGCGUCGCGUUUGAUAACUUGUCAUUCAUCAAUAUGGUAGCGUCUACACCGAGUCACAAGGAGUCAGUGUUGUAUCCUAAUGUGCAUCGGGAUGAAAAUCGUAAGUUUAAAACAAUAGAAAACACAUUUACGUUGUCUUUUAAUAAUUCAAUAAUUCUAGGUCAGGAAUCGGGAAAAGACAUGGUGGAUGAUGCGUCAUUCAUCAACAUCGUAACGUCUACACCAAGAUCAACGCCCCUACCGGGUCAUAAAGAAUUCGACCAAAAUCAACCAACGUUCCAUGUGCCGAUAAAAAUGCCGGCAUUGGAAAGUGUAUCUACGGUUAACCGAGACUGUUUAUCAAAAAAACGCCUUUUCGACACUGAAGACGAUGACGUUCAACUAUCGGUAGAUGAAAAUGAUCUCGAGGAUAAGUUCUACGAUUCGAGCAGUGAUCCCGAUUGGAAUUCUGAUGAUGCAUCUGAGACAACAGACGAAACUGAUUACGAUUUGAAUGAUCUCUCCAUUUUCGAGUAUUUUCAAAAAUAUCAUACUCUUGACGAGCUCGGCUUGGAUGAUGAUCUGGAGAUUCAAGAAACACCCCCACCGGAUCAAAGUUUCGAUAAAGGAGAAACCUCAGCCCUUCAAGAACAUGUGAAUAAAGCUACAAUGAUCAACUUAAGUAUUGAAGCGAUGGAAGUUAUGGCGAGAGAGUGUUUGGAACCUAAAGUUAGCAAAGCUAAAGAACGAGCGAAUAAUAAGCGAAGAAAGGAAAAGGGUUUGCAGUACACUCGAUCUGAUGGAAUAGUCAUACCAGCAAGAAAAAUAAGACCUGCCUGCAGUUGUAGGCGUAGAUGCUUCAACAAAUACCCCGAUCACGUACGCUCAAAGCUGUUGAGAAAUUUUUUGAAUUUGAAACUAUCUGGACAGAACCAGUUCUUGGCAAACCACAUGGAGGUAUCCAAAACCGCAAGGAGGAAGGUGAUCAACUCGCGACGGCUUUAUUCUAGAUCAUACAAACUUCCUGGCGUUAAAGGACCGGUAGUAGUAUGCAAGGUAAUGUUCAUGGCUACCUUCGAUGUUGGCGAUCGCAAGCUAAGGAAUCUGGCAGCAAAAAGGGUUAUAGGCGAUGGAGUGGCUUCUGAUGAUCAACGCAGUGAAAACCGAUCCGCUCGGACUAUCAGCGCAGAGCACCAGCAAUACAUCAAAGAUCACAUUCUUUCAUUUCCGGCCUACUCCAGUCAUUACGGUCGAGAAAAAUCAGAGCGGCUAUAUCUUUCGGGCGACCUUAACUUGACAUCAUUGUACAAACUCUACCAAGCCAAAUGUGGGACUGAUAACCUCGUUGCAGUAUGCUAUGACAGCUACAGGAUCAUUUUUAAGACAUUCAACCUACAUUUCCGCAAGCCGAAGAUAGAUACUUGCGAUGAGUGCGACCGACUGAAUGUUGAAAUCAAAAUAGCGACAGAAGAGAAAGAAAUCAUUCGUUUAAAACAAGUGCGGGAUGAUCACCAGAAAGCGGCACAGAGAGUAUAUGACCAGAAGAAUGCAGAUGUGGAACGAUCAAAGAUCGAUUACACUGUGCGGACGGUUUCAUUUGAUCUUCAAAAGCAACUUCCAACACCAUUUUUAAAAUGUGGAGUUGCUUUCUACAAGCGUCAAUUAUAUACACUAAAUCUAUCUUUUCUUGAAAGCUAUUUGGGCCAGAACAAGGCCUACUGUUACAUGUGGGAUGAAACCAGGGCCAGAAGAGGCUCCAAAGAAGUAGGUUCUUGCGUUAUGCAAGAUUUGCAGCGUAUGCCCACCACCGUAGAAGAAGUAAUCUACUACAGCGAUCGUUGCGCAGGACAGAACCACAACAAAAAUGUAGUUUUUAUGUUCACGCACGUGUUAAAAAAUCUGAAAAAAGAAGGCCGAGCUCUCCGCAUCAUCCACCGUUUCAUGAAGACCGGCCAUUCCCACAUGGAAGUGGAUACGAUCCACGCGACGAUCGAACGUGCCAAAAAACGCACUGAGGUGUCAAUAGAAAUUCCUUCUGAUUGGGAGAUCUUCAUAGCAGCUAUACAGAGGACGGUGCCCAUCGAGGUUGUUAGCAUGCAGCAGAAGGAUUUUCUAGAUAUUACAGCCCUAGAAGAAAUCUACACAAUUCCAAAAACUACUACGUCAGGCGAAACUUUCAGCUUCAAAAAAGUAAUGGAGUUUGCAUUCACUACCGAUAACAUCGGUACAGUUCGCUUCAAAUACGACCUCGCAGAAGAAGAUUACAAGGAAAUCUGUCUCAUGUCUGGAAAGAAGAUCGACCGAGAAAUCGAACUCAAGCGAAUAGAAUCACAGCUGAUAGAGCUGCCUACCGCAAAAUUGAAGGAUCUGCGAAGUCUCUUGCCGUAUGUAGUAAAAAAGGACUAUUAUGAAGCGUUCCUAAAGGGUUUGGUGGAACCUAAGAGGGGACGCAGGCCAAACAGUAAUGAUGCACCUGACCACUUUGAGGGCGACAUUUAUGAUACAGAAGAUGAAGAAUAAGAACUACGGACAAGGCAAUAAGUUGAAUUGUAAGUUGCUCACUCAGGCAGUAUGAGCAUUGAUGUUAAAUGUUCAGUUCAACUUCAAUUAUAAUCAAUCCUAAAACUGAUUCAUACCAACGAUAUUUUUGAAUUGUUAUUCGUUGCACUGUUUUUUUAUAAUAAAGUCGUACUUUAAACCUACUUUCAAUCAUCUAGACAUUCAUUUACAUAUUUACAUUAUCAAGGAACCCAUAUCGCCUGAAUAAAUAUGCUGUCUUACGAAAUAAGUCUAUAGUCUUACUCUGUUGCGUGGUCUGCUGCUCAAAAAAUGGCACUCGUAGAAAGUUUUAGCAAGGCAUAGGUCGUUGUGAAAGUAAUAAUCUUACGCUCCCAAAUUCCAUAUCACUUAUUGAUCCUCUCUUUUACAUUUUGAUUCCUCUUCAUCUUGGUGUGACGUCCUUACUAAGACAAAGCCUGGUUUUCACUAUGACAACUACCCAGGCAACUAUCACAGGCAGUAACUGAGAGUUGCUUCUGCCAAUGACCAUUUUGCAUUCGUAUAUCGUGUGGCAGGCGCGGAGGUACUCCCCAAGUAGCCAAGUUGCUCAAGCCGUGAUGCAUGUAUAAAAACGGUGUAUAUAUCAAGCAAACAUUGCUGUACAAUGUACAAUCAAAGUUGAACUAAAGUGGGAAAGAGCCUUAAGUAAGCCAAAUUAAAGUUAGCUACGUAAAACGCGACUAUAUUGGGGCCCUUUCCCACUUAAGUUCAACUGUAAUUGUACAUACAUAGUAAUACAGCAGCGUGGUUACUUGGGUGAUCUAUGCCCAAGGAAGUGAACAAAAUUUAAAGAAAAAUUCCUCGAUCGUCCGAAAAUCGAAGCCGUCAUCUCAGCAUGUUUAUGCUGAAUGCCCACGCCUUUACAGCUGUGGCCCUCUUUUCGCAAUAAAAACAAACAGUGCAGCAAUUUCGAGUCCAAUCUUUUGAGGCUGAAAGUCUAUUUAAUGAAGACAAAUCAAUCAAUCCAAACUUUUGAUUUGAGUAGGAUCAAAAUGGAAGCACUCUAAUCAAAAAAGGAACGGAUGCACUAUCCAAGACAUCCCGUGCUUACUUAUUAUUAUAAAAGACUAGCUGUCCCGGCAAACGUCGUACUGCCUGCCUACUGUGGUUUUGUCAUACAGUUGCAUUAGCAAGAAUAUCCAUAGACUGUCUAAAUCGUUUGUUAAAUAAGCAACCUCGUAAGCAACCGUCGUCAAUAAGUACUGUCGUCAAUAAGAAAAGAAGAAAAUGAGAGUUUUCUUGCCAUAUUUGAUUAAAUUUCCAAUAUAAAACUAUAUAUUUUAAAGAAGCUUGCUCAACAUUCAUGUUCAAAUAAUCAAAAGACAAUUCUCUAUUUAAAAAAUAUAUAUGAACCACUAGUUAGUUGACUACCCAUUUUAUUGAAUAUGCAGAAAUACAGGGUAUUAUAUGCCUCUGAGAAUAUUUCACUUUAUCAGGCUGAUCCAGCCCUUGAUAUACUAAACUGUGAUCGUUACACUUCCAAAAUGAAUUAUUUGUUGUUGUUAAUAUCGAAUUACACACUUCUAAAAGCUAUUUACGGUGAACGUAAUGCAUUUUUCGGUACUUUUCCGGGUUAAUUUGCGUCGAUAAAACAAAGUCGGAGCGUUUGCCUCCAUGACCUCCAUAAUAAUCUUAAGGACUACUAUCUUGCGCCAGUUCCUCA